AUGCCGAUCAGGUCGAAACACGCCGAUGUGGUGAUUCCUGAUGUCGAUACGUGGACUUUGCUGUUUGAGAGGAAGAACAGGCCUUUCCGCGAUGACAAAGUAAUCUUCCAUGACACCAUCUCUCCGAGAGAAUACACAUACGCGCACAUCAAAGGCUCCGCGAUAGGCUUCGGCCAGUCCCUCCGUAGUUCUUGGAAUUGGCAAAAAGGCGACGUUCUGGCCAUCUACUCGCCGAAUGAUGUCGACUACGCCACCAUCGUUUUCGGGACUCAUUGGGCUGGCGGCAUCGUGACGACCGCGAAUCCUGGAUAUACGGUCGAUGAGCUGGCCCAUCAGUUGGUGGAUUCUAAGGCGAAAGCGAUCGUGACGCAAGCGCCCUUGUUGAAGACGACGCUGGCUGCGGCGAGGAAAGCUGGAGUGAGAGAGAACAGGGUGAUCCUGAUCGGCCCGGAUACCAUCGACACACCAGUCCCGCAUUAUACGUCCCUGUCUGGAUAUCGAGUCUACGACGCAAACCAACAUGUUCCGCGACCUUAUCGAAUCAACCCAAAUGAGGAUCUGUGUUUCCUGGUCUACUCGAGUGGGACCACGGGCAAACCGAAAGGCGUCAUGCUGUCGCACAGAAACAUCGUCUCCAAUGUAUUGAUGUUGACUCGGCCAAAUGAGGGAUAUCUGAGUUGCGGCGAUGGUACCACUGGAUCGGGAGACCGGACGAUUGGCUUUCUGCCUCUUUUUCACAUUUACGGUCUAACCGGCGUCCUCCACUACUCCCUCCACCAAGGCAUCGAGCUCUUCAUCCUCCCCACCUUCACCCUCUCCGCCUUCCUCAACCUCGUUCAAACCCACCGAAUAACCUACAACAAUGUCGUCCCCCGCAUAAUCCUCGCCCUCGCCAAAGACCCAUCCGUCGCCAACUACGACCUCAGCAGUCUCAAGAUGCUCGUAUCCGCCGCUGCGCCUCUGACGAAAGAUCUCGUUGACUUGCUUUACGACCGACUCAAGAUACCCGUCAAGCAAGCUUUUGGCCUUAGCGAGACUUCUCCCGGAACACAUCAGCAAGAAUGGGAUGAGUGGAACGUCGGUAUUGGCUCGAUCGGUCGUCCUGCACCUAACGUUGAGACCAAGAUUGUCGACGUUGGGAAUCUGUCCGAAGUAGACCCCAACGAAGUCGGCGAGCUCUGGGUGCGAGGUCCGAAUGUCUUCAAGGGGUAUUUGAACAACGAGAAGGCAACGAGGGAGGCGUUGACGAGUGAUGGAUGGUUUCGGACGGGAGAUGUUGGGUAUGUGGAUGAGAGGGGAUUGUGUUUCAUCACGGAUCGGAUCAAGGAAUUGAUCAAGUUCAAUGGGUUUCAGGUUGCGCCUGCUGAACUUGAGGGUCUUUUGACUUCCCACCCGACCAUCAAAGACGCAGCCGUGAUUGGGGUGUACUCCAAGGAGCUCGCCACAGAACUUCCGAGGGCGUAUGUUGUGCUGGAUGGUGGGAUUGACAAGUCAUCGACGACCGCUGAUGAGAUUGCGACUUGGUUGAGCGAGCGAGUCGCAAAACACAAGCGGCUUCGAGGAGGUGUCCGGUUCAUCAAUGCGAUUCCUUCUUCUGCGACUGGGAAGAUCUUGAGAAGGGAGCUGAAGGUACUGGCCGAGAAGGAGGGCGAAGCGAAGGCGAAGUUGUAG